AUGGGUUCGCGUUCAUUUGUCAUUGAAAUUGACACCAUGCGCUAUGAAUUUGAUGCAAAUGUAAUGAAAUUAUCUUUGCAAUUACAUAAAGUCAAUAAACGAUUGAAAAUCAACGAAAGUGCGACUUUUGUCAAUGAUAUAAACGAUUUUAGCGUAGUUAACUGGUCUGUGAAUAUAAAUCCCAAUGGCAAACUCUCAACUUUAUACAACGUAACGUUUGACCAAGGCUGUAAACUACUAGACAAUUCUUUUGGAAAAGCCAAUCUGUUUUUUGGCGUUGUCGUGAAAAAUGUUAAAAAAUUUAUUCCAGAAAUACCAUCUAAAUGUCCCUUGAAAAAGAUUCGUUUGUUAACGAUAAGAAACUUUGAUUACGAUGAGGACAUGUUUCCACCCUAUAUGCCUGAAUUUAAUUUUAGUUGUGUCGCCGGCCUGAUAACGGAGAAACGUUAUGCAUUUAAAGUCUUCAUAAACGGUCAUGUGGCUUCAAAAAGCAGUGAACUAUUUUAUAGAAAGAAAUUGUAA